GUCCAACAUAUCCCGCGAUAUGCAAAAGAAAAACCCACAAGCCGUGAUUGAUGCCCUUAAUUACUACGAACAUAGCGCCACUAAAUCUCAGCAUCACGAGAAGUUCAUGACCCAGACCCCGUCCACCGAACCCUCGCCUCGACCCUCGUACUCCAUGUCCCAGAGCUCGUUAGGAGCCAGUUUGGGUCACGCUCUCAGCUCCUCCUACUCUGGGAGCAGCGGUGGGCCGCCUGCCACUCCCAGCUCCGGCCUGCCCCCGCCUCUAAUGUCCCCUACUCCGCCGUUGCCGCCCGUGCCACGCACAACUCGGUCUUCCACUCCUUCCGUCGGUUCGUUAGCCUCUCCCACGGAAGAACGCCCUGAGGAUGGGCCCGAAUUCGACGAUGAAGCCAUGGACGAGGAUGAGCUUCCGCCGCCACCCAUUGCCACUCGCCCCGAGAAAACCAAGUCCAUUUACACCAAGCCCGUCGACGAAGAAGAAGAGCAGGAAGGCUCAGCUCUCAAGAUGCCUGCUUUGCCUAAAGCGUCCGCCGAUGGGCAGGUGAUUGUGCCUCCCCCGCCUAAACACCCGCAUGAGCGGGCCAAGAAGAAAAAAAUGUCCGAUGAGGAGAUUUUGGAUCGACUCAAGUCCAUAGUGUCAGUUGGUGAUCCUAAUCGGAAGUACACUAAAAUGGAAAAGAUUGGCCAGGGCGCUUCGGGCACAGUGUACACUGCCAUCGAAACUGCUACGGGCACGGAAGUGGCCAUUAAGCAAAUGAACUUACAGCAACAGCCCAAGAAGGAGCUCAUUAUCAACGAAAUCGUCGUCAUGAAGGCCAACAAGCAUCCAAAUGUGGUCAACUUCCUGGACGCUUACUUGGUGAGCGAAGAGCUAUGGGUCACUAUGGAGUACUUACCCGGGGGCUCACUCACGGAUGUCGUGACCGAGACCUGUAUGGACGAGGGCCAGAUUGCAGCCGUCUGUCGAGAGGUUUUGCAAGCUCUUGACUUUCUGCACAAAGGCAAUGUGAUCCAUCGGGAUAUCAAGUCAGAUAACAUCCUCUUGGGCAUGGACGGAGAAGUCAAGUUGACAGAUUUCGGCUUUUGCGCCCAGAUCUCGGCCGAGCAAACCAAGCGCACCACUAUGGUGGGCACGCCUUAUUGGAUGGCCCCGGAAGUGGUCACUCGGAAGCAAUAUGGUCCCAAAGUGGAUAUUUGGUCUUUGGGCAUCAUGGCCAUCGAGAUGGUGGAAGGCGAGCCACCCUACCUCAAUGAGAAUCCACUCCGGGCUUUGUAUUUGAUUGCCACGAAUGGGAAACCCGACAUCAAAGAGAGAGAUAAGCUCUCGUCGUUGUUUCAAGAUUUCUUGGACAAGUGCUUGGAGACGAAUGUAGACCAACGUCCCACAGCGUCCGAGCUACUGCGCCAUCCCUUCCUUCGGGUCUCACGCCCUCUGAUUUCAUUGAACCCGCUCAUUCUGGCAGCCAAGGAGGCAGCUAAGUCGAACAAUUAGAAAAGCGCUCCAAGAACUUCAGCCGUCGUGAUUGAUCGUGCUUGAUCAAUUAGUCUGUUGAUCAUCCAUCGAUGACCACAUCAAAACAAAUAUGUCCAACGUGUGCCAAGACCGUGUGAAAAGAUCCAGGUCCUAAGUCAUUGAAAAUGGUUCCACAAGAUUGCAAAGUUACGGCCAAGCCAGCCGCCUGAUUUUCUUAACCAUAAACUAUCAUUGUUCUCUGUGGUUGCUCGUUUUGUCAUGGGCUUCGCCUCGACGAAACUAGUCGUUGUUAAUUGAUCUAUUCUUAUUCUUAUUAAAAUCUUCAUUAACCCCGCCUGUUCAUAAUCAUAACUACCUGAAAUAAGAUCGUUCCUUCCAAUCUUA